AUUAUGUAUAAUAAUAUUGGUUUAAUGACUCCUAGAGGUAGUGGUACCUCUGGGUAUGUAUAAAAAAAUCUAGCUCAUAUAAAACCUACAAGAAAGCAGGAUGAAUUUCUUAAAGAAAUUAAGGCUAUGAAAGUUAAAAAUUAUUUUUAAUAAAAUUUAGGAAAAUGUUAUUUAGGCACGAAAGAAAGCUAAUCCAGAUAUUAUUUUACAUGAAAUGAAAAGAGACAUUGAAUUGAAAAAACUUACAUUAUAAGAGGAAUUGGAAGCAAGAGGAAUUGCAGAAGACGAAAUUAAAUAGAGAGUUUAAAGAUUGGAGGAAAAAUUGAAAGAUAUGCUAAAUAAAGGAGAAUAUUAAUUAGAGUACUAUAUUACUAUAAGUUAAGUCAUGUUGCAGACACUCAUGUAAAAACUUAGAGAAAAGAAGAGUAAGAGAGAAAAAUUGGAGAUGCUUUUGGAAUUGAUAAAGAAUAAUUUAAACCAGGCACAGCUUUUGAUUUUGAUGCUGAAGAGAAAACAAGAUUGGAAAAAAAAGUUGAAAGAGAAAUGAGAAAAGCUGAACGUUUAAUUUAAUUAAAGGAACAAAAAAAAGCAGAAAAAAAGAGAUUAAAAGAACUUGCACAAUAAGAAUAAUAAAUAAAAGAUGCUUAAGAGAAAGACGUCAAGAAGGAAGAGAGUCGUAGUAGAAGUAGAAGGAAAGAAAAAAAGUCUAAGAAGCAUAAAAAAUGAG